GCGGCGGACAGUUUCCGGUGAAGAUGGCGGCGCCCGGAGCGGGAGGGAGGAGGCGGCCGCUGCUCGCUGUGUGGAUCCUGGCGCUGGUCGUGGUGGCGGCGGCGCUGGUCCCGGCCACCCGCGGCGCCUCUGCCUCGGAGGAAGCGCAGGUUCGAGCAAAACAGUUCUUCAGAAGUGGUCACACCAACAACUGGGCUGUGCUGGUGUGUACAUCCCGAUUCUGGUUCAACUAUCGCCAUGUUGCCAACACCCUGUCGGUUUAUAGGAGUGUCAAGAGACUGGGGAUACCGGACAGCCACAUUGUGCUGAUGCUGGCGGAUGACAUGGCGUGCAACCCGCGGAACCCCAAACCUGCCACCAUCUUCAGUCACAGGAACAUGGAGCUGAACGUGUAUGGAGACAGCGUGGAGGUGGACUACCGAGGCUAUGAGGUUACUGUUGAAAACUUCCUGCGGGUGUUGACGGGCCGGUUACCUCCCAGUACUCCCCGCUCCAAGCGGCUGCUGUCUGAUGACAGAAGCAACAUCCUCAUCUACAUGACCGGACAUGGCGGCAAUGGAUUCCUAAAGUUCCAGGACUCCGAGGAGAUUACGAAUGUGGAACUUGGAGAUGCGUUUGAGCAGAUGUGGCAGAAGAGAAGAUACCACGAGCUGCUGUUCAUCAUUGACACUUGCCAGGGGGCCUCCAUGUAUGAAAGAUUCUACUCUCCAAAUAUUAUGGCUCUGGCCAGCAGCCAGGUUGGGGAGGACUCCUUGUCGCACCAGCCCGAUUUGGCCAUCGGGGUCCAUCUGAUGGACAGAUACACAUACUAUCUCCUUGAGUUUUUGGAAGAUAUUUGGCCGGCCAGCCAGAAUAGCAUGAUCGACUUGUUCAAAGUCUGUCCCACGAGUCUGUGCGUUUCCACUCCGGGACACCGGACUGACCUGUUUCAAAGGAACCCCGGAGACGUCCUCAUCACCGAUUUCUUCGGCAGUGUCCGCAAGGUGGAGAUGACGACUGACAUCAUCCGUUUGAUCCGCAACGACACGGAGAGCGAGCAGAGCCACAUCCCGGAAAGCCAGCCAACUCACGCACUGAAAUAUGUAGACCAGCUUGCGGUGGCACAGAUAAUUCACCAGAAGCCGAAGAGGAAGGACUGGCAUCCUCCAGACGGAUUCAUCCUUGGUCUCUGGACCCUCAUCCUCCUGGUCUUCUUCAAGAGCUACGGCUUGAAGCACCUCAAGCAUGUAUUCUGAGAGGCACUACUGAGCUGUCAACGAGAGACACAUUCCUUGGUGCACUGAUGCUGUAAACUAUUUCUCACUCA